AUGGCGGCGCAUAAACCAGUGGAAUGGGUCCAGGCCGUAAUUAAUAGAUUCGACGAACAGCUUCCUGUGAAAGUUGGCCAACAAAACACUCACACCAAAGUCAGCACAGAACACAACAAAGAAUGUCUGAUCAACAUCUCCAAGUACAAGUUCUCCUUGGUCAUCAGUGGACUCACCAACAUCCUGAAGAACGUCAACAACAUGAGAAUAUUUGGUGAGACAGCAGAGAAGAACCUCUACCAUUCUCAGCUCAUCAUUUUGGACACGCUGGAGAAGUGCUUGGCAGGGCAACCCAAAGACAGUAUGCGCCUGGAUGAGACCAUGCUGGUGAAGCAGCUACUGCCUGAGAUCUGUCACUUUAUCCACACGUACCGGGAGGGCCACCAUCAUGCCGCUGAGCUCCGCAACUCUGCCUCAGGCGUCCUCUUCUCCCUCAGCUGCAACAACUUCAACGCUGUCUUCAGUCGCAUUUCUACCAGGCUGCAGGAGCUGACGGUGUGUUCCGAGGACAACGUGGACGUCCAUGACAUUGAGCUGAUUCAGUACAUUAACGUAGACUGCUCCAAACUCAAACGCCUCCUGCAAGAGACAGUGUUCAAAUUCAAAGCUCUCAAGAAACCUGCCCAGCUGAGUGUUAUCAACAGUCUGGAGAAGGCCUUCUGGAACUGGGUUGAGAACUAUCCGGAUGAGUUUACCAUGUUGUAUCAGAGACCACAAACAGACAUGGCUGACUGUGCUGAGAAGUUGUUUGAUUUGGUGGACAGCUUUGCGGAGAGUGCGAAGAGGAAGGCUGCUGUCUGGCCCCUCCAGAUUAUCCUCCUCAUCCUCUGCCCUGACAUCACACAGGAUCUGCCCAAAGACACUGUGGAAGAUACCAAGGUCAACAAGAAACAGUUUCUGGAGAACCUGCGGAAGGCUUUGUCUGGUCAUGCCAGCAGCAAACAGCUGACAGAGAGUGCAGCUAUUGCCUGUGUCAAACUGUGCAAGGCCUCCACAUACAUCAACUGGGAGGACCAUUCCGGGAUCUUCCUGUUGGUACAGUCCAUAGUGUUGGACCUGAAGGCACUGCUCUUCAACCCGACGAAGCCCUUCUCUCGGGGAGCAGGCAGUCAGAGUGCAGACGUAGAUCUCAUGAUCGACUGUUUUGUCUCCUGUUUUCGCAUUAACCCGCACAACAACCAGCAGUUCAAGGUCUGUUUGGCUCAGUCUUCUCCACCCACUUUCCACUUUGUCCUGGUCAACUCUCUGCACAGAAUUAUCACCAACUCUCCACUGGACUGGUGGCCGAAGAUCGAUGCGGUUUACUGUUACUCCAGCGAACUGCGCACCAUGUUCUCAGAGACACUUCGCCCUGUCAUGCAAGGUUGUGGCACCCACGCCCCCCUGCGUCUGACCCCGAGCCUGACGUUCAAAGAGAAGAUGACCAGUCUAAAGUUUAAGGAGAAGACCACAGACCUGGACACCAGGAGUCAUAAGUACCUGUUGUUGGCUCUGGUCAAGCUCAUUCACGCUGAUCCCAAACUGAUGCUGCAUAACCCAGGUAAACAAGGUCAGGAGAUCCAGAGUAGCACGGUGGAGCUCAUCACGGGAUUGGUACAGUUGGUGCCUCUCGUCAACAUGGGAGAUAUUUCCCAGGAGGCCAUGGAGGCUCUGCUGGUGCUCCACCAACCAGAAAUCAUUGAGCUGUGGAAUCCAGAUGCUCCAAUGGAGACCUUCUGGGACAUCAGUUCUCAGGUUCUUUCCUUCAUCUGCAAGAAGUUGACUGGCCAUCAGAUGAUCAACAGCACAGAGAUCCUGAAGUGGCUGCGAGAAAUUCUUAUCUGCAGGAACAAAUUUCUCCUCAGGAAUAAGGAGCGUGCCACCACAGGCUGUGCCAUCCCUAUCUGCAGACAAGCUCAGACCAAGCUGGAGGUCUGUCUCUACAUGUUCCUCUGGAGCCCAGACAUGGAGGCUGUCCUCGUAGCCAUGUCCUGCUUUCGCCACCUCUCUGAGGAGGCUGACAUCCGCUGCAGCGUGGAUGAAGUCCCCGUCCAGAGCAUCCUCCCCAACUACAACACCUUCAUGGAGUUUGCCUCCGUCAGCAACAUGAUGUCUACAGGCCGUUCAGCACUACAGAAGAGAAUAAUGGCCUUGCUCAGGAGGAUAGAACAUCCCACUCCAGGAAACACAGAGGCCUGGGAGGACACCCAUGCCAAAUGGGAGCACGCCACCAAAUUAAUCCUGAACCAUCCGAAAACAAAGCUAGAGGAUGGCCAAGAAUGGAUCUAUAUGACGGGGUUCCUGUGUGCACUGGGCGGGGUGUGUCUGCAACAGCGUAGUGUUCCUGGCCUGGCCACAUACAGCCCCCCAAUGGGCCCGCUGAGCGAGCGAAAAGGCUCCAUGAUCUCCAUGGGAUCCUGUGAGGGGAACCCAGAGACGCCUCUCAGCAAGUUCCUGGACCGGCUCCUCUCACUCAUGGUCUGCAACCACGAAAAGGGCGUUCAGAUCCGGACCAACGUCAAAGACCUGGUUGGGCUGGAGCUCAGCCCUGCUCUUUACCCUAUGCUUUUCAACAAGUUGAAGAACAGGAUCAGCUGCUUCUUCGAUGCACAGGGCCCGGUCCCCAUCAAUGAAACCAACACCCAAUUUGUUGAGCAGACCAUUGCCAUUAUGAAGAACCUUCUAGAUAACCACACAGAGGGCAGCUCUGAGCAUCUGGGCCAAGCCAGCAUUGAGACCAUGAUGCUUAAUUUGGUUAGAUAUGUACGCAUCCUGGGAAACAUGGUCCAUGCCAUCCAGAUCAAAACCAAGCUGUGCCAGCUAGUGGAGGUAAUGAUGGAACGCAGAGAUGACCUGUCCUUCUGCCAGGAAAUGAAAUUCAGGAAUAAGAUGGUGGAGUACCUGACAGAUUGGGUCAUGGGGACAUCCAACCAGACCGCUGAUGACGAUGUGAAGUGCCUUACCAGGGAUCUAGACCAGGCCAGUAUGGAGGCGGUGGUGUCUCUGUUGGCUGGCCUGCCCCUUCAGCCCGAGGAAGGAGAUGGAGUGGAACUGAUGGAGGCCAAGUCUCAGCUCUUUCUAAAGUAUUUCACUCUGUUCAUGAACCUGCUGAAUGACUGCAGCGAGGUGGAGGACGAGGGGCAGCAGGUGGCAGGGCGGAAACGGGGCAUGUCACGGCGCCUGGCGUCCCUCCGCCACUGCACCGUGUUGGCCAUGUCCAACCUGCUCAACGCCAACGUGGACAGUGGUCUCAUGCAUUCAAUCGGUUUGGGUUACCAUAAAGACCUGCAGACUCGUGCAACGUUUAUGGAAGUGCUCACUAAAAUCCUUCAGCAGGGGACAGAGUUUGACACGCUGGCCGAGACUGUGCUGGCAGAUCGCUUUGAGAGACUGGUUGAACUGGUCACUAUGAUGGGUGACCAAGGGGAGUUGCCUAUUGCCAUGGCACUGGCCAAUGUGGUGCCUUGUUCUCAAUGGGACGAGUUGGCACGUGUGCUAGUGACUCUUUUCGACUCGCGUCACCUACUCUACCAGUUACUGUGGAACAUGUUCUCCAAGGAGGUGGAGCUGGCCGACUCCAUGCAGACACUGUUCAGGGGAAACAGCCUCGCCAGCAAAAUCAUGACCUUCUGUUUUAAGGUGUACGGUGCCACAUACUUGCAGAAGCUUCUGGAACCUCUCCUCAGAGGAGUAAUAACUUCCCCUGAAUGGCAGCAUGUCAGCUUUGAGGUGGAUCCCACCAGACUGGAGCAGAAUGAGAUCCUGGAAGAGAAUCAGCGCAACCUGCUCCAGAUAACCAACCGGUUCUUCCUGGCCAUCAUCAACUCGUCGAGCGAAUUCCCCCCUCAGCUGCGGAGUGUGUGUCACUGUCUCUUCCAGGCUACUUGCCACUCUCUACUGACUAAAGCCACUGUUAAAGAAAAAAAGGAAAACAAAAACUCAGUGGUGAGCCAGCGUUUUCCUCAGAACAGCAUCGGAGCUGUAGGCAGCGCCAUGUUCUUGCGCUUCAUCAACCCGGCCAUAGUCUCACCUUACGAGGCCGGGAUUCUGGACAAAAAACCCCCACCCAGGAUAGAGAGAGGACUGAAGCUCAUGUCUAAGAUUUUGCAGAGCAUUGCAAACCAUGUGUUAUUCACAAAAGAAGAGCACAUGAGACCGUUUAAUGACUACGUGAAAAGCAAUUUCGAAGCAGCCAGAAGGUUUUUUUUGGACAUCGCCUCAGACUGCCCUGCCAGUGACUCGGUAAACCACAGUUUGUCCUUCAUCAGCGAUGGGAACGUCCUGGCUCUUCAUCGGCUCUUGUGGAACAACCAGGAGAAAAUCGGCCAAUACCUGUCCAGCAACAGGGACCAUAAAGCCGUGGGUAGGCGACCAUUUGACAAAAUGGCGACCCUUCUCGCUUACCUGGGCCCCCCUGAACAUAAACCAGUGGCGGACACACACUGGUCCAGUCUGAACCUCACCAGCUCCAAAUUUGAGGAGUUCAUGACAAGGCACCAGGUGCAUGAGAAAGAGGAAUUCAAAGCCCUUAAGACCCUGAACAUUUUCUACCAGGCGGGCACCUCGAGGAAUGGAAACCCGGUCUUUUAUUACGUCACCCGCAGGUUUAAAACCGGCCAGAUCAACGGAGACCUGCUCAUCUACCACGUGCUCCUCACUCUCAAGCCUUACUACGCCAAACCUUACGAGAUAGUCGUGGACCUGACCCACGCCGGCCCCAGCAACCGCUUCAAGACGGACUUCCUGUCCAAGUGGUUCGUCGUCUUUCCCGGGUUCGCCUACGAGAACGUGGCCGCCAUUUACAUUUAUAACUGUAACACCUGGGUCAGGGAGUACACCAAGUACCACGAGAGGCUCCUGACGGGCCUGAAAGGGAGCAAGAAGCUGCUCUUUAUCGAUUCUCCUGCCAAGCUGGCGGAGUACGUGGAGCCGGACCAGCAGAAACUCCCAGCUGCCACCCUGGCCUUGGAGGAGGACCUCAAAGUGUUCCACAAUGCCUUAAAACUCGCCCAUAAGGACACCAAGGUGUCCAUCAAGGUGGGUUCCACGGCAGUGCAGGUGACCUCAGCAGAACGCACCCGUGUCCUGGGCCAGUCCGUCUUCCUGAACGACAUCUACUACGCCUCAGAGAUCGAGGAGAUCUGCCUGGUGGACGAGAACCAGUUCACGCUGACCAUCGCCAACCAGGGCACGCCACUCACCUUCAUGCACCAAGAAUGCGAGGCCAUCGUUCACUCCAUCAUCCACAUCCGCACGCGCUGGGAGCUCUCCCAGCCCGACUCCAUCCCUCAGCACACCAAGAUCCGACCCAAAGACGUGCCGGGCACCCUGCUCAACAUCGCCUUGCUCAACCUGGGCAGCUCAGACCCGAGUCUGAGGUCUGCGGCUUAUAACCUCCUAUGUGCCUUAACCUGCACUUUUAACCUGAAGAUUGAGGGCCAGCUCCUGGAGACCUCAGGCCUCUGCAUCCCGGCCAACAACACCCUCUUCAUCGUCUCCAUCAGCAAGACUCUGGCAGCCAACGAGCCACACCUCACCCUGGAGUUCCUGGAGGAGUGCAUCUCCGGCUUCAGCAAGUCCAGUAUAGAACUGAAGCAUCUGUGUCUGGAGUACAUGACGCCCUGGCUGCUCAACCUGGUACGCUUCUGCAAACACAACGACGAUGCCAAACGCCAGCGCGUCACCGCCAUCCUCGACAAGCUCAUCACCAUGACGAUCAACGAGAAACAGAUGUACCCCUCCAUCCAAGCCAAAAUCUGGGGCAGCCUCGGGCAGAUUACAGAUUUACUGGACGUGGUGUUGGACAGUUUCAUUAAAACCAGCGCCACUGGAGGACUGGGCUCCAUAAAGGCGGAGGUCAUGGCCGACACUGCUGUGGCCCUCGCCUCAGGCAACGUCAAACUGGUGUCCAGCAAGGUGAUCAUCCGCAUGUGUAAGAUCAUCGAUAAGACCUGCCUGUCGCCCACACCCACGCUGGAGCAGCACCUGAUGUGGGAUGACAUCGCCAUCCUGGCCCGUUACAUGCUCAUGCUGUCCUUCAACAACUCCCUGGACGUGGCCGCGCACCUGCCUUACCUGUUCCACGUCGUCACCCUGCUGGUGGCCACGGGACCCCUGUCUCUCCGCGCCUCCACCCACGGGCUGGUCAUCAACAUCAUCCACUCCCUUUGCACCUGCUCCCAGCUCAACUUCAGCGAGGAAACCAAGCAGGUGCUGAGGCUGAGUCUGACAGAGUUCUCCCUGCCGAAGUUCUACCUGCUGUUCGGCAUCAGUAAGGUGAAGUCAGCGGCCGUCAUCGCCUUUCGCUCCAGCUACCGCGACCGUUCUUUCUCCCCGGGGUCUUACGAGAGGGAGACGUUCGCCCUGUCCUCCCUAGAGACCGUUACUGAGGCCCUGCUGGAGAUCAUGGAGGCCUGUAUGAGAGAUAUUCCGGGGUGUAAGUGGCUGGAGCAGUGGACAGAGCUAGCUCAGAAGUUUGCCUUCCAGUACAACCCGUCUCUCCAGCCCCGGGCUCUGGUCGUGUUUGGCUGUAUCAGUAAGCGUGUGACACACUGUCAGAUCAAACAGAUCAUUCGUAUCCUCAGCAAAGGCCUGGAGGGCUGCCUGAAGGGUCCUGACAACUAUAACAGUCAGGUCCUGAUCGAGGCCACAGUCAUCGCUCUCACCAAACUCCAGCCUCUACUCAACAAGGACUCCCCCAUGCAUAAGGUGCUGUUCUGGGUGGCCAUAGCUGUCCUGCAGCUGGAUGAGGUGAACCUGUACUCGGCUGGUACCGCUCUCCUGGAGCAGAACCUCCACACGCUCGACAGCAUGCACAUCUUCAACGACAAGAGCCCAGAGGAGGUGUUCAUGGAGAUCAGGAGGCCUCUGGAGUGGCACUGUAAACAGAUGGACCAUUUUGUGGGGCUGAACUUCAACUCAAACUUUAACUUUGCCCUGGUGGGCCACCUCCUCAAAGGAUACAGACACCCGUCUCCCACCACGGUGGCUCGGACCGUGCGCAUCCUACACACACUGCUAGGGCUGGUGGGAAAACAUCUCAACUGUGACAAGUUUGAGGUGAACACUCAGACUGUGGCCUACCUGGCAGCUCUGCUCACCGUGUCGGAAGAAGUGCGCAGCCGCUGCAGCCUUAAACACAGGAAGUCACUGCUCAUCUCUGACAUUGCCAUGGAGAACGUCCCCAUGGAUACAUACUCUGGGCACCAUAGCGACCCCAGCUGCAGGGCGUUUCGGGAGAGCCAGCCCUGGAUGUCUCCCAAAGUAUCAGAGCGGUAUUUGGUCGCCCACUACCCCACGGUGGGUCAGAUAAGCCCCCGCACGCGAAAGUCCAUGAGCCUUGACAUGGGCCAGCCCUCCCAGGCCAACACCAAGAAACUCCUAGGCACUAGGAAGAGCUUUGAUCACCUGAUCUCAGACACCAAGGCUCCGAAGAGACCAGAGGUAGAGUCUGGAAUCACCACACCUCCCAAGAUGCGGAGAGUGGCAGAGACCGAUUAUGAAACUGAGACCCAAAGAAUUUCACAGCAGCAUCACCACUUGCGGAAAGUCUCCUUGUCUGAGUCCAACGUUUUGCUCGAUGAGGAGGUGCUAACGGAUCCCAAAAUCCAGGCCCUCCUCCUGACUGUCCUGGCCACACAGGUGAAAAACACAACUGAUGAGUUUGACCAGAGGAUCCUCUAUGAGUUUUUAGCAGAAGCAAGUGUCGUCUUCCCGAAAGUCUUUCCUGUCGUGCACAACCUGUUGGACUCUAAGAUCAGCACGUUACUGUCCAUGUGCCAGGACCCUAACCUGCUGAAUCCAGUGCAUGGCAUAGUACAGAGUGUGGUCUACCAUGAGGAGUCCCCGCCCCAGUACCAGCCGUCCUACCUCCAGAGUUUUGGGUUUAAUGGACUGUGGAGGUUUGCUGGACCCUUUUCCAAGCAAACCCAGAUUCCCGACUACGCUGAGCUGAUCGUGAAGUUUCUGGACGCUUUGAUUGACACCUAUCUGCCUGGUAUCGACGAGGAGGCGAGUGAGGAGUCGCUGAGGACACCCACCUCCCCGUACCCCCCCACCAUCCAGAGCCAACUCAGCAUCACCGCCAACCUCAACCUGUCCAACUCUAUGACCUCACUGGCCACCUCCCAGCACUCUCCAGGGAUUGAUAAGGAGAACGUGGAGCUGUCUCCCACCACAGGCCUGUCCACCGGGGGGCGCACUCGCCACGGCUCAGCCAGCCAGGUGCAGAAACAGCGCAGUGCCGGCAGCUUCAAAAGACCGAGCAUUAAGAAGAUCGUAUGAGAGAGAGAGAGCGCCACCUACAGG